AUUCUCUCCCAAGGUACCGUAAAGUCUAACCUGAAGGCCGCCAUCGCGAACUCUUUUGGCCUGAAGCGUGCAGGUCUGAUCAAGAAGGAUCACAACGACAUGGGCACGACUCGCUCCCUCCCGAACCUGCCUUCACGGACCGACAUACCCAUCGCUGAGGAACACCCAGUAGAGCCUAUCCCAGGAGCCCCCUCCAGGCCGGGCAUGGCCGCCCCGGUCAAUGCGCGCCUGAGUACAGGCUCAAGCGGUGGCAUUACCACAACCAUCCGCCUGAUCUCCCCUGCACCUAAAUCAAUCACAGACACCCCUCCGCGCCUUGCACCGUACUCAACAAAGCUUGAACUCGACAUGAGCACGCCCAGUGCCGCGAAGAACGUGUGGCCGCCGACGCCUAACGCCAGAUUUGACUCUGGACGACUGUAUCCGACUAUUCCUUCAGAGGAUCUCAGCCCAGCACAUGUAUCGACGCUGAAGAACGCUGUCGUCUCUAGCGUUGCUGCUACUCCAGCGAAAAUGACACCAUUCAAGGACACUUCAGCAAAGUUGACUCCGCUCAAGGAUACGCCAGCGAAGAUAGCUCCAUUCAAGAAUACUCCAGCCAAGGGUACUCCCGCCAGAAGCGCUUCCGGGGAGUCUCCCCUGAAGAACGAAAUGCCUUCGGACGCCGCCAUUGACAUCUUCUCCCCCACAAAACCUAUGCCAGCUAGCGGCACUGCCAAACUCGAUAUACCUGCAAAGCCUCACAGCCGGCUCAGCGUUUUGCAGAACGACCCCUUCCUCUUCGGUUCGCCGCUUCCGCGCAACAGCGUGACGAACAAGCAAUUCGAUAAUGCCGCACAGGAGGUGCUUGAGGAGAUGAACCGGCGGCUCGCCAAGGCGGGCGUGCCCAAGGUCGAGAAGACCGUGCUAGAUACCAAAGGCAAAGGACCGCUACCGCCCGUCCCUCCCAAGGCGCAAGGCAAGCUUGCGAAUGACCGCUUCAAGAAGACGCACGAGAAGGCGUUCGACAAGAUGGAUUCGAUCGCGAACCACUAUGCCGCGCGGCGCCCUGCGCCCGGCGCGCCUGCGAACGAACGCGUAGCGAUUGGGAAGAAACGCAAGAGUGAGGCGGUGGCGCCGCCGCGUUCGGGCCCUGCGGCGAAACGGCAGAAUCACGUCGCGCAGGCACGCGUAUUUAGUAAUGGGAGCCAGAAGAAGAUGACUGUACCUGGUGGAUUUGGCGAGGAGAAUGAAGAGGACGAGGAGCCAGAGAAUGUGGGCGACCGACGUUCAUCGAAGCGAAUUCGCGUCGCGGAGGGUGCGGACGUGCACAAGGGUCGUCGCGUGUCGCUUCUGCCUGACAGAGGCGAGACGGCGGAGGAGAGGGUGGCGGAGCAAAGGAAACGCGAACGCGAGAGGCAGGCGCUUAAGAAGAAGAUUGAGGCCAGGAGAAGGAGUGGCCGCGGUGGCCUUAGUGCUGGUGGUAGAGCAGCUCUCGCAGCUGAAAGUGAGUGUUCGGUGUUUGA